AUGGACGAAAAUCUUCUAAAAAUAUCUACUUCUCCCGAUUCAAAUUUAUCCGAGAACAGUGGUCAUAUGUGUAACUUUCCAUCACUAGGUUCAUCAUUGACAUCCGACAAAGCACAUAAUGUUAUAAAUGGAUUAGAACAUGAAGGUUUUUUUCAGGAUGAUUUUAAUUUUUCACGAUUUUCAAAAAUGGCUCGUUGUGCAAAGAAAGAUAUUCCUUCAACAUCACUUCUUGAUGUGUUGAUUUCACCCAUGUCACGCUUAUCAACAUCAUCUUCCCUUAUGUCAUUUAGCAGUCUUGGCAAUAAUAAAACAUCAGAGCAAUUAUUAUAUCGAUCAACCAUAACUAAUUCAACAGAUCAAUUAAUCGUGCCAAAUGAAAAUGCUAAUCUCUUUCCUCCGGCAUCAUCAUUUCUAUCAUUACAAACACCACUAUCAAAUCGUCAAACACUUUCUUCGAUCGACAAUAUUCCAUUAACUACAACAGAUAAUGAUCUUCAACGAGUACCACCUUCAUUCAUACUUAUGAAAUCACCUUCUGCCUUUACAAAUAGUUCAAUGAUUCAUUCUCAACCUCAACCGCAAAUAGUUCAUAGUACAACUCGAUCAAAUACUAUGCCAUCAUGGCGUGGUUAUUUACCAAUGAAAUUUGAACCAAUUACAUCAGAUCAAUAUCAAAUGACAACUCAAUUUUCACAAAAAGUUUUUCUUGGUGGUAUUCCAUCUGAACUUACUGAAGCUGAACUAUUACUUGUAUUAAGAAAAUUUGGUAAAUGUAAUAUCAAAUGGCCAAAAAAUAAUGGAUUCAAUCAUAAUAUGCCUGCUUUUUGUCAUGUUGUUUAUCGUGAAUCACGUUCAGUUUCCGAACUUCUUAAACAUUGUACUCGACAACAACGUUCAACUGUUGACUAUUUUCUUCAUAUUCAUAUGUUACCAACAACAACUGGUUUGCCUAUUCGUACAACUCGAUUUAAACCAAUUCAAGUUGUUCCUUGGAAUGUAAAAGAUAAUGUAUAUGUUAUGCAAAAUGAGAACAUAUCAAAUAAUGAAACAUCUUAUAAAGAUUGGUCACGAACAAUAUUUGUCUCACCACUUCAUGGCAAAAUGACUGCAUUUAGUCUUAGUACAAUCAUGUCGAAUGUAUUUGGAGCUGUUUUAAUAGCUCAAAUCAAUACAGAUAAAUAUGGAUAUCCAACAGGUACAGGAACAGUGUUAUUUUGUGAUUCUCAUAGUUAUAUGCGUGCUGUAGCUGCUGGUACUGUUGAUAUUAAAUGUGAUUGUUUUCACAAAUUACUUGAUAUUGAUCCAUUUUUACGAGAAAAUGAACCAUGUGCAUUUUGUCCAUUGAUUGCGGAUUUAUUUUGUCGAAACUUUCAUUGUCUUCGAUCAUAUUGCAAACAAUGUUGGGUGAAUAAACAUGGA